AGUGGAAGAGCGAGUGAGAGAGAGAGCCAGAGAGAGAGAGAGAGAUAAAGAGAGAGAGAGCGAAAAGGGGGUAAAGGCUGCCCAAUGCCGUCGGGUACUGUGGCUUGAGGUACAAGCUAGCAUCACAAUGGCGAACGAGAUGCUCAAAGCUAGUCACAUAUUCAAUUUAGCGGUAUCUCCAACCUAGUGUACAUCUAGUAACAAAGCCGACCGCAGCAGACAAUGGCAGGGAUUAUCAAAAAGCAAAUUCUGAAACAUUUGUCAAGGUUCACCAAGAAUCUGUCCCCAGACAAGAUUAACCUGAGUACCUUGAGGGGGGAGGGACAACUGUCCAACCUUGAGCUCGAUGAAGAGGUUCUGCAGAACAUGCUGGACCUGCCUACGUGGCUGGCAGUCACACGUGUGUAUUGCAACAAAGCCGCCAUCAGGAUACAAUGGACCAAGUUGAAAACAAGUCCCAUAUGUCUGUUUUUAGACAAGGUGGAGGUAGAAAUGAGGACAUGCGAGGAACCACGUCCCCCCAACGGCCCCUCUCCUAUUGCCAUCACAGCAGGCCAAAGCGAGUACGGCUUUGCGGAGAAAGUGGUGGAAGGCAUGUCUGUUAGAAUCAACUCCAUCACCAUCAAAGUCCAGUCCAGAGCCUUCCACGCUUCCUUCGAGUUGUGGCAGCUGCAGGGUAACAGUCUUAACCCUAAAUGGGAGCGCAGCGACCUCCGCUACACCCGCAUCACUGACCCAAAGAGAGGAGAGGUGUUGAUAUUCAAGGAAAUAAACUGGCAGACUUUACGUAUCGAGGCAGAUGCCAUCGAAAGUGACGAUCAGGAUUUAGGUAGCACUCCAUUACGGCUCAUCACCAACCAGGGGCGCAUUCGGAUUGCUCUAAAACGCAGAAUAAAAGACUGCAACGUGCUGGCCUCCAAGCUGCUUUUUAUUCUGGAUGACUUGUUGUGGGUGCUGACAGACUCCCAGCUCAAAGCCAUCAUCCGCUAUUCCAAGUCUCUCAGUGAGGCCAUGGAGAAGUCGGCCCAGCAGAGGAAGAGCGUUACUGCAGAGUCCCUGCAGACUGCUCCCCCAUCACCUGUCCUUCAUAACCUUUGGACAGAUUCUCCACCCGCUCCUACCGGCUCACCGAACAACAUGAGCCAAUACUUUGAUCGCUUUGAUGUGAAGGAAUCUUCCUACCACACCUUCAUUUCUCGCUUGGAUUUGCAUGUAUGCAACGACAGUUCUGCGGCGGCUGAAGAUAUAGAAGAGCCUCCAGUGUUGCAGGGCGCCAUGCAGCUGACCUUCAGAAAGUUGGGCUUUGACUACUAUCCCGUGCACAGACCUGCUGAUGGAUGUCGCCACUGGGAACGGCACAGUGGAGCCAUGGAGGCUCAGGCACAGUGGGCAGCGAAACUGCUGCAGGAGUACCAGAGAAGAGCUGAGGCCUCCGACUUUCCAGGGCCACAUACCGAGGUGCCUGAGGCUCACAAUGACUCGCCUGCAAAAAAGGCUCAAGACGGCACAACCAGUCCAAAGACGAGGCUCGCUGAAAAAGAGCAGACGACCAGAAGCCAGAACUCAUCACUGAAGAGGUUGCGGUCGAGCUGUGUGGUGGUCCGGAUGGAUGACGUUGACAUUCACCAGGUGUCUACAAAGGGCCGUCAGAACAAAAAAACAAAGCCUUUGUUGUCAUGUAAUCGUAAAGCUCUACAUCUGCCAGACAACGUACCGGCAGUUCAUCUGCAGUUUACCGAAUACUACUUUCCCAACAACCCCAGUUUGUCAGUGCCAACAUCAAACUUGUACGCCCAAGUAAACGGCCUCCAGCUGUGUGUGGACCCAGAGAGUGUGUUGUGGAUAAAUCUGUUUUCAAGAGGGCUGCUACACACUCUGGAUCAGGUCAAAGCGUUCUACCACUUACAAGACAGCAGCAUAGCAGACGAGCAUGUAGACAUCCGUCUGGAUGCAGCUCAGCUCAAGGUGAUAAUACCCCUGGAUUCUUCGAUAUUGGAUCAUCCAGAGCGUCCACAGUCCCUCUCUGUUACCAUACCUCAAAUGGCUCUGGGCAACACCCGCUACUGCCCUCAUGGCUCCAGAAUUGACCUCAACAUUACCUGUGACACAUUUGCAAGCUGUUCUUUCUUUCAACCCAUGCCACCUUGUCCUUAUCCGAGAGACCACAGUGCCUUCUGCGCAGUACCCCCCAAUUUCGUUCAACACUCGCAGGAGACUACACUUCCGCCAGCUGGUACAAAGCAACUCCGGUCCCAAGAUGUCUGGUCUUUGAGCCUAUCCCGUGUCUCUUUAGGUUUUGACGGAGCUCGUAAACUCCCCAAAGGGAGAACGCAACCGUUUAUUGAACCUUUUACUAUGUCUGUGUGGAUGUGCCAGCCUUUAGCUUGGGUCAGUAGUUCAUGUUCCCCCUCCACUCCGUCCUCAGAACAACCUAAAGAAGAUGCUUUAUUUGCUUCCGUCCACUUGAUGGCUCAUACCAUCACUCCGUUGAAGAUGUGGCUUAACCACUACCAGUAUGUUGCUUUGCUGAGAAUGAAGGACACUCUUGCACGUUUGGGUGUGGAAUUAAGUCGGGAUCAAAGGGACAUUAAGCAAGCUUGUGACCAAAAGAUAAAACCGGCAACAGUUUGUCUUGCCUUGUUGGUGGACUCGGUAGAAGUGGGUCUCCUGUUGCCACCAGCCGUCACAGAGCCCGAGGAAGAGGCCCCACACACCCCGGAGACAGACAGCCCCAGCAUAACAGACUCUGACAUCUCCCCUAGUCAUCACACGGCGGAAUUGAUCCCCCGGGACAGCGGGUUAGAAAAUGGUGUGUCCUCCCUCAGCACAGCUCUCACUACAUUUGAUCAAGAUGAACAAGAUGGUGCAGUAGAGGAAGCAUGCGAGGCUGUUGAGGAGGCAGCGGAAGGUGAAGCUUUGACCGCCUUUUUGGAAACCCCUGUCCAGUCACCUCAACUGACACCCGGAAACUCCCCCGCCCUUUCCCGAGAGCCCUCCACCUUCAGCUUGGAGGGGGAACUGUCAAGCGCCAUCAGCGUCACUAAAGAUGUGACCAAAGACGCUAUCAGUGCCUCGCUGGACUUGACCAAAGGGGCAUUUUCGAUAACAAAAGACGCCUUCAGCAUGUUGAGUCGCGGCUCGGGGAUGAGCAAAUUGUUCAGUCCUCAGGCCAAGGAACAAGUCCAAUGUCCAGAAGAGUCCACCCCCUCUUUGGCAGCCAGCUUACGGCACCAAAUGAUGAAGCAGUCGCCUUCCCAGAAUUCAUUUGACAGCGCCAUCUUGGAUGGCAGUCUGCCAGAUGAAAAUCUCUCUGUGGGCAGUGAUGUCAGUGACAAUUUUGUUGUUGUCAUGGAGUCAGACUCGUGUGGAGAUUCUGCACAUUUCAGUAUCAAUCCUGCAGGCAGUCGAGGCAGCCCCGCUCCCGGCACGGAAGGAGGCUCUUCGGCUGAUCUCAGCAGCUCCUUGUCACUGAGUACAGAGGAUGUAUCUCAAGAUAUGUCGUCUGUGUUGCUACUGAUUCUGAGUGGGACAGCCUGCACAUUGGAAAUAAAGGGAGAGGACCAAGCUAUUGCUGUACAAGCCCAGAAUCUGAGUUCUGUACAGAUGGGCAAUGUCAGAGUUUCGGAUCUGCUGGCUGGUGUUAUUCAAGCUCCCGCCCACAAGCAGAACGGACAGAGUAGCAGGGGCUCUGCUGCAUUGUGUAUGCGGGCAGAAACCGGCCCAUCUGCAGUCCAGCACGCUGACACAACUGAGUCUUUGGGCGCACUGAAUGUGAGAGUGCAAGACUGUCAUGCUGAGCUGUUAGCCUCCACUGUAGCAAACAUUGGGCCUUUUCUUGAGGAUGAGUUCAGCGUUGACGGUCAGCCAAUCAAGUUGCAUUUGAGCAAUGUAACUGUUACUGUAAAGGACGAUAACCCCAGAGUUUACCCAACAGCUCCUCAGCCAACUUCAGCCACAUUCAUUAUUGAUCAACUACUUCUCCAGCGCAGUGAUGAUGGCAUCAUGAGACUCAAAGCCGAAGACCUGGACAAACCAAAGAUGUCCUGCUGCUCUGUUCAAAAGCCGAAUGAGAGGCAAACCCUGGAGUCCAAGCUCUCUGAUGCUGAGGUCGCCCUCGCUCAGGCCCUCAGUGACAGAGAUCGCCUCCUUCUGGAGAUCAAGAAGUAUGACCCCAAGUUUUCACUCUGAAUCCGAUUUGCUCCUGCUGAGGAAUAGUCAGAAACCAGCAUUACUCCUUCAGACCACGAUGAUUACAAGAUGUUGAUUGGAAUACAAGUUGCUACUAAGGUGCUUGCUCAAGGGGAAAACGGUAAGAUAACAAUUGUUUAGUAAAUUGAUGGCACUGUAUAUGAUUAUAAUAUAGUAUAGACAUUGAGACAAUUUCUCCAAAUGCACCUGAGGCCAUAUAAACAUAAUUUACAUUUGCUAUACAGUAUUUCCAAAUGGAUGAAUUACACUAUUUUAUGAAAUCCAUAAGAUAAAAUCUGGACGUCUGCACCUUCAAUUAUGUUUAAUUUCAGAUCCACUGUGAUAGUGCAUAAUUUUUUGGAAUAAACCAGCUCUAAGUGUACAAAUACAGUAGCAAUACUCCUAUCAGGCUGUGGAGACAUCCCUCAUUAACUCGGGUGUUUUCCCAUUCAAGUUAGUGUUGACUCACUGUGUGUCUUUAAUAUUUGUCACGCAGCAUGCUAGGUUAGACAACGCCGUGCUUUAAAUUCUUUCCCAUUGAUAGUUUGCUGUGGAUCACAUGUCAAACCCCCGCAGGCACUCCCACACAGCCACCAGCCAGCCGCUCCUCCCACACAAAUUACCAGUAUGACUUUAUAUUGUAGAGUGCAACUGUGAAGUAGAUCCAUAUUUACAUAUGCAUUAAAUGUAGCCUGGUUGAAAAUAAGUUACAAAAUGCAGAGGAAACCGGAUUUUUUGAUGCGUUAAAACAUGUCGUAAAAUAUAAUCUGGGGCCUUGUUAAUGGCUCAUUUGUAGCUUACAAGAAGGUACCUCCCACAAAUGGAGAGUGACACAAUGCCUGUUUGUUUACGUGUGUGUGUUUAAAUAAUUAUCAACAAGUUAUGGUUCACUAUUGCUGCACGUUAUUUUGGAGCCAUAUCAUUCAAAGACAGUUUAGUGGCAUUAGUUAUGCAUGGUCAUGCACUGUGUCACAUAAGGCACACUUCUCAAUGUUUACUUCUAAUGUCAACUUUUAUGUAUUGGCAGACCAGCUGCAACGUUGCUUUUUAUGCAAAAUGAUUGAGUGAACGGUGCAUUAACACUGCACAGCGUGUAAUACAAUACAAGAAUGUUUUAUUUAAAAUGUGCUGUAUAUGUUAUCUUUUGUCAUCGUAUUAUGUGGUUUCACUAUUUAAAGUCUUAGUUAUGUGUGCGCACGCGGGAGACCUCUUGUGGCUGUAACUCGCCAGUGCACUCAUUUCAAGGCGUGCCACAUUUUCUUUGGUUGCCUUUCUAGCAAUGAAUACGGGAAAGUGGAAUGUUGCAUUUUAAGCAAUAUAAAAAAAAUGUGGUCGUUUUCAACCAAGAACAUGUCAAAGAUUAGUUAGGCCAUAGAUGUGAUGUCUGUGCUUUAGAUGUUUAGAUGUGGAUUACAAGUGGUUUCACUUGAAUUACUUUCUGUGACCAUCUCAGCACAUCCUCAAAUUUGGAAGUGCGACGUCUUCUUGGUUUGCAUUUGCAGUCAGUGAUCUGCAAGCAAACUCAUUACUUGAUCAACUCACCAUCCUUUGCACUCCACAGCGGGUCAGUGUGUCUAAUGCAUGAAUAAUGUGUCAUGUUAUUAUUUGUGUGGCUAAAAAUACACUGGAGUUUGCAUUUUUACAUAAACUACUUCAAAGAUGA